AUGCCUUCACCGCUCUUCCCUCUCGGGCUGGGCGACAUCUCCGCGACAUCUGCAUCCCUCGACUUCCUUCGCGAACACUCGGUCCUAGCUUUUGGUCUUGCAGUCGGCAUCAUCAUCGGCGCUAUCACCCGCUACAUCCAGAGUCCUUGGCGGAAAGUCCCUCCCGGACCCCCAGGCUUACCCCUUCUCGGAAAUGCACUGCAGAUCAAGGGCGACCAAUGGCUUCAGUUCAGCGCAUGGAGGCAGGAAUAUGGUGACAUCAUAUACCUGACGAUGUUGGGGAAGCCGAUGAUAGUCCUCAACAGUGCAUCUAUUGCGGUAGAAUUGCUCGAACGACGCGCAAACAUAUACUCGGAUCGGCCGUGUAUGAUCGUGGCGAACGACAUCAUGUCGAAAGGGCUCAACCUUCCCAGCUCUCGCUAUGGCGAAACAUGGAGGCGUAUGCGCAAGGCGUCUCAUGAGGCCCUGAACAAGGUCGUUGCGCACGGGUUGAAUGAGUAUCAACUCGAGGAAGCCGUUGUUCUUGCUCGGAACACUAUGCAGAAUGCGGCCGGCUGGGACAGGUUCAUUCGCAAUGCUGCUGCGGACCUGAUGCUUCGGAGUAUCUACGAUGAGUCGCCGGCAUCGGAGGAGCAUGACACCCAUGUGCGGCUGAUCAACGAGUUCGGGGCCACUGUAACUUCCUCUGCUGCACCCGGGGCGUACUUGGUCGAGAUUAUGCCCUGGAUGCGCCACAUACCGAGUGUCUUGGCUCCCUGGAAGCGCAAAGCGCAGAACUUUUAUCACCGCUACGACACCCUGUUUCGAAGUCUUCUAGGCCGUGUUCAGGAGGAUAUAGAUAACGGGGUCGAGCGAGCUUCGUUUGCUGCAACAUUGAUUCGCGGAAGCGAUCGCUAUCAUCUGAGUAGUCAUGAGAACGUCUGGGCAGCAGCGGGCAUCUACGCUGCAGGAGCUGAUACGUCGCGCACGGUGCUAAGCUGGUGGAGUCUGGCCAUGCUACUCUACCCCGAUGUUCAGAAGCGCGCCCAAGACGAGAUCGACGCCGUUGUCGGUCGUUCACGGGUGCCUACCUUCGCUGACAUGCCUCGCCUUCCCUACAUCAACGCCGUAGUCAAGGAGGUGAUUCGUUGGCGGCCUGUAUCUCCCAUGGCUGUACCUCAUACGAGUACGCAAGAUGACUACUACGAAGGCUACUUCAUCCCGAAGGGGACGACUAUUAUCCCGAAUCUGUGGGAGAUGAACCGCGAUCCCGCAAUCUACGGUGAUGAUGCUCACCUCUUCAAUCCUGACCGCUUCCUGGGCGAGAACGGCGAGCUGCUAUCUACGCUUCCUGGUUCGAAGGACGACGGCCACUACUCUUUCGGAUUUGGGCGGCGGAUCUGCGUCGGGAAGCACGUCGCGAACAACAGUCUCUUCAUUGACGUGGCUGUCUUGCUCUGGGCCUUCUCCUUCGUGAACAUUAAGGGUCAAGUUCUAGACGCAGAUGGCUGUAACAACGAGGGUCUCGUUAUGGCGCCCAAACACUUCAAGGUCGAUGUAAAGCCUCGCUUCCCGGAAGCGCUAGCCGUACUGUCUCAGGAGUGCGAACUUCGCGGGCGUUGA